AUGAUGUCAACAUCAAGACUGUAUACAUCGGAGGGUUAUGAUGACUCCUAUAAUAUAAUCUCCAUUAUUGGUCGGGGUGCAUUUGGUGUCGUUCUGAAAGCAACUCAUUUCCAGAGCCAUGAAGAAGUGGCUAUUAAACGAAUACCGCUGAAACGAAACAGUAGGAAUGAAAUUGCACUUAUUCGAGAAGUGUUCGCCCUUCGAAAUGCAUAUCACAAAAAUGUUGUAAGAUUGUUCGAUGUAAUAUUGAAUACGGAUACGAUUUCCCUUAUAAUGGAGUAUGUCGGGUCCAGUUUGAAACUGGCAAUUGAGGAUUUUAAUCGUCCAUUAAAUGAUGAGAUUCCUCGAUAUUAUAUGUAUCAGUUAUUUGUCGGUUUGGAUUAUCUGCAUAGUUUGAAUAUCAUGCAUCGGGAUUUAAAGCCGGAUAAUGUAUUAAUUACGUCGACAGGAUUACUAAAAAUUACGGAUUUCGGACAAUGUUGUAUUUAUGUAUCAGACGAUCUUAACCGAAAUUACGAUUGCCAGGUAGCAUCCAGAUGGUACCGCGCACCUGAAUUAUUGUUCGGUUCGACAGCUUAUAAUCCUAAAGUAGACGAGUGGGCUUGUGGCUGUAUAUUUACUGAGUUUUAUAAUGGUACACCACUAUUUGCGGGUAGAAAUGAUAUCGAACAAAUAGGAAAAUUGAUGUCGGUACUUGGCUCACCUUGUGAAAAAGACUGGGAAGGUUGGAAUAUUAUGCCGGAUUAUGGUGAGAUCAUUUUUAAGGAUAAUAAACCGGUGGACAAUUGGAAAUCAGUAGUGCCAUUAGCUUCCGAAACAUGUCUUUCACUACUGCAGAAGCUUAUCGUUUACUCAACUGAGGAACGUUAUUCAGCAGAAGUCGCCUUGCAGCACGAAUUUUUUAUUGUCGAUAUACCGAAACAAGCACCGUAUAUACCACCUCCAAUGAAUCUUAAAAUUCCGCAACAUAUGGAUCCUAUUGAGCUUGAUUUGGACUAG